AUGUUUGGAUGUGCUCUGCUUGUGAAUGAAACAGAAGAAUCUUAUACAUGGUUGUUGAAGACUUGGCUUGAGGCAAUGCUUGGACGUGCUCCUUCUACAAUUAUCACAGAUGAUGACAAGGCUAUGGGUAAGGCAAUUGCAGAGAUAUUACCGAAUACAAUUCAUAGAUUAUGUAUGUGGCAUAUUUUACAGAAUGUUCCAGAAAAAUUGGCUCAUAUCUAUAAUAAAUAUCCACUUUUUCAAGGAGAAUUUCAUCAUUGUAUUCAUGACACAAUCACUAUUGAAGAGUUUGAGUUAGAAUGGAGUGAGCUUGUAGAGAAGUAUGGGUUAGGAGAUAAUGAUUGGCUGAUAAAUCAUUAUAUGCGGCGUGAAAAAUGGAUUCCAACUUAUUUACGUAGGAGCUUUUGUGUUGGGAUGUCUACAACUCAAAGGAGUGAAAGCAUGAAUAAAUUCUUUAAAGGUUAUGUUCGUUCAAGUACAAUGAUAAGUGACUUUGUGCAUCAAUAUGAGAAAGCCUUAAAUGCGCGUUAUCUGAAAGAGAAAUAG